AUGGCGGCAGACACUCCUCCCAUCAGCAAACUAGGAGACGAUCUCCUCGAAAAAAUUCUUAUUCGCAGCUUCCCAAAUCCCAGAUCCGCCGGCCGAAGCAAACCAGUAUGCAAGCGAUGGAACUCCCUCAUCUCCCACGCCGGCUUCAACCGCGGUUUCGUUUUCUCACCACAGAAGCAGAAACAAAGGCAUGCAGCCACCUCUGCUCCUCUGCAAGGACGAUCCCCUGCCUUCGCUCCUAAGCUUCCUCCCCGUACCCGACGAAUUCCGAUCCAAUUUCGUCGUUUGGGAUUCCUUCAAGGACUUGCUUCUAUGCGGUUUUCAGAAUUCGGUGUGGGACUACCAUCACGAAAGGGCCCGAUCGCUCUUGAUCUGCAAUCCAUUUACGAAUCAAUGGGUCGCCCUUUCUCUGGAGCCCGAAACGACGACUUCCAACAUAACGAAGGAAGCGAAAUUGAUCUGUCGAGAAUUUCAAAAUGCAAAUAG